CCACUCUUCUGUUUACUCCAUCUCCAUCUUCAAACAACACUCCAAUCUUUACAUUUUACUGUCUGUCUCUACUCUCCCCCCACGCCUCCACGCACCCACCACUUGUUUCAUCCUCGAUCAGCUGCGCGCACGGCCUAUCUGCCAUCACACACACACGCGCGCACACAGCCCGAAUCCUAGUCGGCCUUCACCCAUUCGCAAAGUUCCAUCUCGCUUUUGAUCACAUCAGCGACAUCGCCACAAAAACUUCCCAACUACCUCUUCACCCUCCCACAUCGCACAAUGUCCCUCUCCUUCACCGCCCCCCGCAUUCUGCUCCUCCUACUCCUUCUCGCCAUCGCCCUCCCCUCUCUCGCUGCCCCCGCCGAUGAACCUCCCUCCAAGCUUCAGCCCCGAUCUCCCCAGCCUUCCCGUCGUAUGGGCGCUACCAAGCGUUCCAAAAAGGUUGAGCCCCUGAAGAAGAAGGACUACUCUUCCUUCCUCUGCCCCGGUGGCUCAGUGGCGUGCCCCAUCACCGACGAAGGACAUCAGGCCACUCCCGAAAGUGCUGCGGCGCUCGACGGAAGCUUGAACUCGCUGGCGGACUGGUUCAAGAUUGGCUUCGAGUGUGUAGAGCUCGAGACCGAGUUGAAUUCUUGCGGUGGAUGCUUGGCUCUUGGCUCUGGUCAAGAUUGCUCCCUCAUCUCCAACGCCCGUGCCACCGGCUGCGAGUCUGGCAGCUGUCAGGUAUACUCUUGCUUUGAAGGCUACGUUGUCUCUCCCGACAGGAAGACCUGCGUCAAGAAGGGCACAGCUACCCCUGCCACCCCUGUGACUGCUAUCAACAUCGAAGACGAGGCCCAGCUCCCUCUGCGAAGACGGUAGAAGAUUUUAUCUCCCCUCUCGCGCCUCGGUCUCGUCUUCUUGUCUUCUUGUCAUACUGUCAACAAACCUUGUAGCAUACACCUCUACUUUAUGGACACUUCUAUAGUCACCUAUUGUACAAUAACCUUAUAAUUCUGAUGGACACUCCAGUAGAUAAAGUACUUGGUACAACCACUGGAUAUCUUUUUAUACCCUGGCUACAAACCUCGAUUUAUCGUAUUCGUUCUUAUUAUCGGCUUUCUGCCUAUUUACACGCCUUGUCUUUGUCUUUCGUCUUUACUAGAUGGGUUCACCCGGCAGUUCCAGCCUUUCACACGGCUCUCGGCUUGGAGCAAUGCAUACACAUCACGGGCUUUCAAAUCUUCUUCUACGACGCGCAGGGGUUAUGGCAG